GCGGAUUGACAACAUGUACUACAAGGCUUGCAUAAACUCCCUCCUCCUCUUCUUCUACCAAACAGUCUAAGCAGUCACCCAAGUUUUCUUCCACCGCUCCUCCCGCUUACAAUCGCCAUCAGUGGCCUUUCUUUGUCUUUUCGAUUCCAAAAGACCUGUGUGGCCCAAUUCUUCAAUUGGAUUUCAAUUCACUUUAUUUCUCGUCCCCUGGUCUCGCUGACUUUCAGGCCUGUCCAGGAGAACCCAUCUCCGUAUUCUGCAAACUACCACCAUCGUCUGCGACAUUUCUCACACUUUGCACCACACCAACGAACCUUGCCCUUCUCUCCCGCGACCGCUUGUUUUCUGUUCAACCUUCAAGUGCAUGGGCUCCUAAUUCACUUUUCUGGGCCUGACGCCCCGACCUGGCACCAUGUCCCAACUUUUGACCACGCGACAAGCGGAUGAACUGCACAAGUCCAUCAUCGCGUACCUUCUCUCUGCUGGCAUGACCGAGUCCGCGGCAUCUUUGCGUAAAGAUUCCAACCUUGCCGAUACCUUUGAUGAAGUCACGGCUAAAAAAUAUGAAACAUUACUGGAGAAGAAAUGGACAUCGGUUGUUCGCCUACAGAAAAGGAUCAUGGACCUUGAAGCCAAAAACAUGGCUCUUCAGAACGAGCUGGACUCGGCCACACCACUAUCUUCCAAUCGCAAGAUAGACCCCGCCACAUGGCUCCCCAAGAACCCCCCGCGCCAUGUCCUGGAAGGCCAUCGAUUCCCCGUCACCUCCGUCGCCUUCCACCCGGUUUUCUCUUCUCUUGCGUCGGCCUCGGAGGACUGCACCAUCAAAAUCUGGGAUUGGGAGCUGGGGGAGCUCGAAAGGACGCUAAAGGGCCACACCAAAGCCGUGCUCGACAUUGACUUUGGUGGGCCCCGAGGUGGAACACUUCUGGCCAGUUGUAGCACUGAUUUGACCAUCAAACUGUGGGAUCCAAGCGACGAGUACAAGAACAUUCGCACCUUACCCGGCCACGAUCAUUCCAUCUCUUCGGUCCGCUUCAUCCCCUCUGGCGCCGCCGGUGCCCCACUGUCAGGGAACACGCUAGUGUCGGCGUCACGAGACAAGACGCUGCGCAUCUGGGAUGUCACCACUGGUUAUUGCUUAAAAACGCUCAAAGGACACACCGACUGGGUUCGAGCCGUCACCCCAUCCUUCGAUGGCCGGUGGUUGUUGAGCGCGGGCAAUGACCAGGUGCCCCGCCUGUGGGAUGUCAACACGGGCGAGGUCAAGAUUUCGUUCCUGGGCCAUGAACAUUCACUGGAAUGCGUCGCUUUUGCCCCGAGUUCGGCUUACACGCAUUUGGCAGCUCUUGCUGCUUACAAAAAGCCCCCUCCGGCCAGCAGUACGGGCGAAUUUCUCGCGACUGGGGGCCGUGACAAGCUGAUCAAGAUAUGGGACAAUCGAGGGACGUGCCACAAGACCCUGGUGGGACAUGACAACUGGGUGCGCGGUCUGGUCUUUCACCCUGCGGGUCGUUAUCUCCUCUCCGUCUCGGACGACAAAACCAUCCGAUGUUGGGAUCUUGCCCAAGAGUGCAAGUGCGUCAAGGUGGUGGACGAGGCCCAUCAGCAUUUCAUCAGCAGCAUCAGAUGGGCGCCGGAUGUCGCCGUCCAGCCCACGUCAGACCUAGGGGCCAACGCAACGACUUCGACAGCGAAAAAGGAGGAAGGAACCAGCGGAGGCAAGAUCCGAUGCGUCAUCGCCACGGCCAGUGUGGAUCUGAACGUGCGCGUGUUUGCAGGAUGAUCGAGACUUGUCGUCUGGGAAGACCAUCCUGAGCCGGGCAUCUGAUCCAGUCUGGUCCACUGCUUGUGGGAGGAUUGAUUGGUUUAUAGACAUGAAGCCACACGAGUGUACGACUACGACUAAUGAGAUGAGAGAUGCCAUGUCAACUACUCACCACCACCAGAAAUGGAUGUCC